ACCAUGAGAGUAUAGAAGUGAACACAUUUUGCGUCGUGUAAGAAUUUCCUUCAUUUUUUCUCAGUUACCUGCAAUAGAUGUCUAUACACAAGAUACACUUUGGACAUCUCUUUUCUGGCUCAUCAUCGGAGGAACUAAGGGUAGUUAGACAAUACUUUAUCAAUACCUAAACUAAGCUGAAGUUGGAUAUACCCCGGAUCCGUGAAAAAAAGUGGAAAACAAUUCCUUGUGUUAAUUUAUUGAUGAAUGGGAAGACAAUUUUUUAAAAGAGAAACGUAAACAAACAAGCAAACAAACUAAUAAUGUACGGUGCUGGCGGAGACGAUGAGUCGGACGGACUUCCAGGAACUUAUGAGAUCUACAAAGCCGAGGCAGAUGCCCUGUUCAAGAAUGGAGACUACCGCAAGGCUAUUGAAAGCUAUACCACGGAGGGUAUGUUCCAGAAAGCAGAAGCGCUGUACAAUCGGGGCGAUUUUGAAUUGGCGCUUGUUUUCUAUCACCGUGGCAACCGGUUACGCCCAGAGCUACAAGACUUCCGAUUAGGUAUUCAGAAGGCACAGGAAGCAAUCAAUAACUGUGUUGGAACAGGUGAAGCCAAUGUACGCGCGACAGUACGAGUCUCGGCAGGCCAUGACGCGGGGCAGGAACACUAAGACUACACCACAUGAGUACAUCUUGAGCGAGCUGGAGAAGAUUGAUCACCAAGACGGCGAAGAGGGAGAACACGAAGAGGCUGCCGAAGGCUAAGGAACAAUGUCGGCAAGACCUUCGAACUACUAGCACGAGACCUGUCCUCUGCAGUACUUGAAAUAAAUGAUUUAACACGGAGUUGUUCAACCGUGCAAUCAAUGAAAGA